AUGGCGGAUGGUGAAGUAAGAGUGCUGUCCACAGGUUUAGUUCAAGCAGAGGGGCUUACCAAGCUAGCAGCUGCUGCAGAGGAACGAAUUCCCCUCACUCCAUGCGACCUGCGUAUCAUUCUCUUCGGGACAAUCCAAAAGGGGCUUCUCUUCCGCAAACCCACCAAUCCUUCAAUCGAUCAAGCCACCUUGAUCCAGACCCUCAAAACCUCCUUCUCCCGCGCGCUUGCCCUGUUCUACCCCUUCGCCGGCCGGCUCUCCGUCGACAAACACGAUGACGACGGCACCGCCUCCGUCUACAUCGACUGCAACAACGCCGGCGCUCUGUUCGCUCACGCCGUCGCCGACGGCGUCUCCGUCGCCGACAUCCUCGACCCGCUCUACGUCCCGCCGGUGCUCUGGUCGUUCUUCCCCCUCAAUUGGAUGAUGAAUUACCACGGGUUCUCCCAACCCUUUAUAGCAGUUCAGGUCACGGAGCUCGUAGAUGGGUUCUUCCUCGGCUGCACGAUCAGCCACGCGGUCGCCGACGGCCCGACUUUCUGGCGGUUUGUGAAUUUCUGGUCCCAAAUCUGCCGUUCCCCCGGUGGUGGUGGGGAUUCAGCCAAUAAGUCGCAGGUUUUCACCCGGCGCUGGUUCCUCGACGAGAAGCAUCUGCCGAUUAGGCUGCCGGCGGCGAUGCUCGAAGAUUUCAAACAAGAUCCCAUCCCAAUCCCGCCGCAGGAGCUGAAAGAGCGGGUUUUCCACUUCACCCGCGAGAAACUCGCGGCGCUGAAAGCACAGGCCAACGACGAAGCCGUCGCCGCCUGCGGCGGCGGCGGCCAGAUCUCGACUCUGCAAACCCUAAUUUCCCACAUCUGGAGGGCGGUGUUUCGAAACAGAAGCGAACCGGAUCCAGAUCGGGAGGCCCAUUUCCACCUGCACUUUGGGCUCCGAUCGCGGCUCAAGCCCAAGGUCCCGGAGAAUUACUUCGGGAACGCCAUCGUGGGCCGGCCGGUGGGCCUGAAGGUGAGCGAGCUUCUGGAGGCGGAGAAGGGGCUGGGGCGCGUGGCGGCGGCGAUUCACGGAGUGGUGGCGGAGCAGACGGACGAGAAGCUGAAGGAAGCGGUGGAGGAUUGGAUCGGGAACCCUAAGUUUGUGGGGACUGAUGUGUUUGUGGCGGGGACGAUGGGGCUGAGCAGCUCGCCGAGGUACGACAUUUACGGGAACGAUUUCGGGUGGGGGAAGCCGGUGGCGGUGAGGAGCGGAGCCGGGAAUAAGUUCGACGGGAAGGUUACGGUUUUCCCCGGAGUGGAGGCGGGGAGCAUGGACGUCGAGAUUUGCUUGUCGCCGGAGACGGCGGAGGGAGUGGGGAGGGAUUUGGAGUUUAUGGCUGCAGUCGGCGUAUAA